GUUGCUCCUCUCUGCAGCAGCUUCGCGUCCUCCACGGUUCUGUCUGCUUCAGCCAUGGCUACUGCGAGGACUGUUAAGGAUGUUUCGCCUCACGAGUUCGUCAAGGCCUACUCGGCUCAUCUGAAGAGAUCCGGCAAGAUGGAGCCUCCUGAGUGGAUUGAUUUGGUAAAGACUGCAAGAUUUAAAGAAUUGGCUCCAUAUGAUCCUGAUUGGUACUAUAUUAGGGCUGCCUCCAUGGCCAGAAAAAUCUACUUGAGGGGGGGCCUUGGUGUUGGUGCUUUCCAGAGAAUCUAUGGUGGGAGCAAGAGGAAUGGUAGCCGUCCUCGUCAUUUUUGUAAGAGCAGCGGUGCUAUUGCUCGUCACAUUCUUCAUCAGCUGCAGGACAUGAACAUUGUUGAGGCCGACCCCAGUGGGGGCAGAAGAAUUACUUCUAAUGGUCGGAGAGAUCUUGACCAGGUCACUGGUCGGAUUGUGGUAGCACCUUGAUCUGUGAAACUGCUGAUGGAGGCUAGCGUGUUCAAUCCAGGUUUCAUUUUUUCUUGGGAGUAAUGUGACAGCAGAUUGUUUGAUGAGCAAAUUUUGGGGUUACUAGCUUCUGAAUUGUCUAUUAAGUUGAACAUAUUUAAUGUAAUGUUUCUUUUGGUUUUCUAGAUGACUUUCUCACUUCACUUUCUUACUUAUUUCGUGUCCCAUUUUCAUCUUAACAUUUCAAUUGGUUUUGGAUGUGGCUUACACUUGACAUGGAAAGUUAAGAAUCAGACGAUUGUCAGCAUAAA